AUGGAAGGAGACAGGCCCAUCCAAGGUACUGGGUCAGACUCUACCGAAAAACAUCAGAACGUACCUCCACAUAUUGAGGAAAAUCACGAAGACGACGAGUGCUCGUUUGAAAUUUCAAGCAUCAGGUUAUCGGAGGAUCAGGAUUCUUCGCCUAUGGAUGACGAGGAGGAUAUUCCCGAUUCACCAAAAGCGCCACCUGCGUCUCCCUUUCGCACGAGAUGGGUGAGAGGAAUGAAAGACCCAAACACAUCUUUUGGUUCUCCCAACAUUCAGUCUCCCAUCACACAAUAUAAGCCAGCUUCAAAACAGCAUAUCGCAUCUCAUUUCGCUAAGGAAUUCACUGAAUCCGAGCUGGUGAAGGACUUCCAAAAUGUUGAUAGGUCAGCGUUAGAUGCUUCAGCCGUCACCAACAGUCUCUUAGAGUCGUCGUUCACAGGUCCAGAUUCUACGAACGCUCGAUUAGAGGCUGCCUAUAUGUGGACAAAGAGAGAAAAUAAUUCAUUGUUAAAGAAAAUCAAGGAUCUGGAGGAAGAUGCAGCCGCAAGGGAGCAAGCAAAACUAGAGGGAAUGAUCAGUGGGAUUAACUCGAGCUCUCCAAUGAAAUGGGUAAAGUCGAUGUUGGCCCAAACUCCCGAUUCUGAAUCUCCAAAGGAGUCAAUGGACAAGGGUGAUGAGUCACAAUUGAAACCAAAGCAAGAUGCUUUGAAGAGGUUUCCAACUCAGUUAUACCCUUCAGAGCUAGAGAGUUUGGCUUUACCGACGUUGUCCCCAACCACGAUCAAUACUGAGCCCAGAACCGAUGAAUCAACACAUUUUGAAGAGACUACAAACGCAUAUAGCGAAAAGGAAACGCGUCCGUCGUCGUAUAGGAAAAUGAUGCUUUUGUUCCUCCUAGCCUUGGUGUUCGCUAUGCUUUCAGCUCACCGAGAAAAGGUCCAGUUCGCUGCGAAGGGAGUAAAGUCAAACGUUGCGACGAUUCUAAAGGAGCAUGAAGAGCUAUUGAAUAGCAUUACCAAAAGUGUUUCUGAGACUAAAGACGUGGUGGACGCCAGGUUGCAGCCAGCAAAGGACUUCAUCAUGCCACAUCUUGCAUCAGCCAUCACCAUCUGUCAAAACAACUACGAACACUAUUUUCAGGUUGCAGUGGAAGAGUUCAAGAACCUUCAGCUGAAACUUGGUUUGAAACUGGACUGGGAAUCGGACAUUUUACCCAUGGCACACCGCUAUGCCGGGAGACAGGGUGAAGUGCCUCUAGAGGGAAUGAAUGUGGUUGUUGUUACAGCUUCCACUGCAGUCGGAAGCGAGCUGACCGACGUCUUUUCAAGAUUAGGUGCUCGCGUUAUCGCAGUGGACGCAUCGUACAGAUACCUUGCAAGCGUCAAGGCCACUGCACCCUUGGUGGAUACCCUAAAGGUUGACUUUGCCGAUCUUGUUUCUGUUGCAAAGGGGGCUGAUGAUAUUGCCGAAUCGUUCAGUCAUGUCGACGUUCUAAUCAACUGUGUUAAUGAUUACUCGAGAGAAUAUGGUAGAACUGAACAAGGGUAUGACAAAUACUUUGGGGGCAACUACUUGUCUGAGUUUUUGCUCACCACAAAGCUCCUCGAGCAGCUUAACCGAUCCCCUAGAGGGACUCUUGUGCAGCUUCAGUCUAUGGCCCAUAUGACUGUUAAUGGCUCAGAUUUGCGUGUCGAUGAGGCUACAAACCAGCCAUUUGCCAGCGUUCCAGGUGAGCUAAACAGCAUUUUGGCUUAUUCCAACUCACUACUUGCAAGCAGCAUGCACAGCCAGUACUUAAGCCAAACACAAAAGGGUGUGAGAGUCAUGAGAAUUACUUCGACACCAUUUAUUCCCGCCAUGAGUGCCCGGGCAGUUUUGGCGAGUGUCCUUGGAGAGGCCGAUGCAAGUCCCACCGAGUCUCUUCACUCGUCAUUAAAGCUUGCUAAGCAAAAGUUGGGUGUCUUCAAGGAUCAAUUCAUUAAUCCUGGUGAAUUUGCCGAUCCGUUGAAAGAUGAAGAAUUGCUGCAUAAUCUGAUGGAGUGGAGCGAAGAAGAGGUCUCCCCAUACUGGUGGACCAAGAUUGAAGUUGCACCCAAGACAGCGAACAUUGUGCAAGAAACUACAAGUUGGGUGUCUGAUCAUGAUUAUGACGGUGAAGCAUCCGAGUACAAUGCCUUUUAUGCCAGUAGCAUUGCUACUCUAGUAUCUGUCGGCUCGUUGAGUCUUCUCCGACAGCUUAUGCCGUCACGAUACGGGGGUGCCUAG